CCCUCAUGCGGCCGCAGCGCCCGUGCGCGUCCCCGCCGCGCCGCCGGGAGCGCGCCCUGCGCGGCCCCGCGGGCGCGCGUGAGGCCCGGCUCGCUCCGGCGGGAAGAGGCGGCGGCGGGAAAGCGCCUUUUCCGUGAGGGGACCGCACGGAACGGCGACGUGGCGCCGGCCGGGGGCGGGGAGCGACACGGGACAGCGGCGCCACAAAGGCCCGGCCCGAGAGUUGGCGCUGAGCCACAGUGCUGCGUUAAUGGGGAGUUCUGGCCAGCACACCCCCUCCUUCUCCUCCUCCUCCUCCCAGGGCUGCCCAGGCGCUGCUCCAGUACCCACCCAGCCUCCCUCCACGAGAGGACACCCAGAGGACCAUCCAUAGGCACAAGAUGAUGAGGAAGACAAUCUUCAGCCUGGGAAGACACCUGUCCUCCAUGGCACGUGGGACCACCCAGGUGAGAAGAUUUCUGCAUGGUGGUUAUGUCAGGAUUCAUCCCUCUGUACAGGAAGCUCUGCUGGAGGGGAGACCCGUUGUAGCUUUGGAAAGCACCAUCAUUACACAUGGCAUGGCCUAUCCUCUGAAUUUGAGCAUGGCCAGAGAGGUGGAAGAAAUUGUAAGAACAAAUGGAGCAGUGCCAGCCACUGUAGGUGUUUUAAGGGGGCAAAUCCACGUGGGACUCACAGACGAGGAACUCGAGUUCUUGGCAAGCAGUAAAAAUGUGGUUAAAGUGUCUCGCAGAGAUUUUCCUUUUGUCCUCAGCCAGGGCUUGUCUGGGGGCACUACUGUGUCUGGAACAAUGAUUGCAGCACACAAAGCAGGAAUCCCUGUGUUUGUGUCAGGUGGCAUAGGAGGUGUCCAUCGGGAUGGGGAGAACACUCUGGAUGUGAGUGCUGACUUGACAGAGCUGGGACGAACUCCAGUCGCUGUUGUAGCUGCAGGAGCCAAGUCUGUCCUUGAUAUUGGCAGGACACUGGAAUAUCUGGUAGGCAGCAUGGGCUGUGGUGUCUGAAAGCAGAUAACCUUG